GGGAGUUACAUGUUGGGAAACGAUUAAUGUGGGGAUAGCACUUCUUUUUGUUUUAUUUAGUUUAGUUUCGUGUAUAAUUUCAUACCUCCUAGAGGCCAUUUGUGCUUCGCGCAGAUUUCUGGGAAAUGUAGUCGCCGCGUCUGUGACGUCACAAAAGCCAGGCAAUCCCAUUCCUGCUUCGGCCUCCACGUGUGCGUCUUCCCCAAGAGGCCCGUCUGUUGCACGUUCCGGUUGCAUCGCUGACAUGGAGGAAAUGCUGUCCUUCUCUGAUGUGGCCAUCGAGUUCUCUCCAGAAGAGAGGGAAUGUCUGGAGCCUGCUCAGUGGAAUCUGUACAGGGAUGUGAUGUUGGAGAAUUACAGCCACCUUGAUUUCCUGGGUCUUGGUGUCCCUAAGCCACACCUGGUGACAUUUCUGGAGCAAAGACCAGAGCCUUCAGAUGGGGAGAGACAAGCAGCAGCCACCGUGCACCCAGGGUCAAUGCCUGAAGAUUAUAGCAUUUGCUCCAAGGCCAUUGAUUAUAACUCACAAUAUAUUCAAUGCCGGAGAAUUCGUACAAGGGAGAAACCCUACAAGUGUGAAAAAUGUGGUAAGGCCCUUGGUUCUUCUAAAGCACUUUCCAUACACCAGAGACUUCACACUGGACAAAAACCUUACACAUGUAAAGAAUGUCACAAGGCCUUCAAUACUCGCUCAUCACUUUUUAUACACCAGAAAAAUCAUACUGAUGAAAAAACCUACAAGUGUGGACACUGUGGCAGAUCAUUUUACUAUCCUUCAGUGCUGAAGCAACAUCAAAGGAUUCAUUCUAAAGAGAAAACCUACAAGUGUGAAGAAUGCAGCAGGUAUUUUUGCUCAUCUUCAUACCUUAGACGACAUCAAAGAAAACAUACUGGAGAGAAACCAUUCAAGUGUGAGCAGUGCGGCAAGUGUUUUUGCUUCACUUCAUUCCUUCGGCAACAUCAAGCAAUUCACUGUGAAGACAGACACUACAAUUGUAUGGACUGUGGUAAAAGCUUUAACUCUCUUAUAUACCUUAGACGACAUCAAACAAUCCAUUCGGCGCACAGUCCUUAUACCUGUGUACACUGUGGCAAAUGGUUUUUCUAUUCUAGGGAUCUUCAGGAUCAUCAAACAAUUCACACUGGAGAGAAGCCCUACAAGUGUGACGAGUGUGACAAAGCCUUUCACUAUCACUCAUCCCUGAAGACACACAAGAGAGUUCAUAUGGAAGAGAAACCCUACAAGUGUGAACAGUGUGACAAAGCCUUUCAUUAUCACUCAUCCCUUUGGAGACACAAGAAAGUUCAUAAUGGAAUGAAACCCUACAAAUGUACAGAGUGUGAGAGAUGUUUUAACUCAUCUGUAUCCCUCAGACAACAUCAAACAAUCCAUUCUGAAGAAAAUUGUUAUACCUGUGUACACUGCAGCAAAAGGUUUUCCAAUUCAAGAUAUCUUCAGGAUCACCAAAGAGUUCACACUGGAGAGAAACCCUACAAGUGUGAAGAAUGUCACAAAGCCUUUCAUUAUCAGUCUUCCCUUAGGAGACACAGGAAACUUCACACUGGAGAGAAACCCUACACGUGUUGAGAAUGUCACAAAUCCUUUCAUCUUAACUCAUCCCUUAGUGGACACAAGAGACUUCGUACUGGAGAGAAUCCCUGCAAGUGUGAAGACUGUGACAGAUGCUUUUCUUCAUCGUCAUCCUUUCUACAGCAUGAAAUAAAUCAUUUUGUAUAGAAACCCUAAAAUUGUGGGGAAUUUAGCAAAGACUUUAUUAAUCUUAAUAUCCUUAUUCAAUGCAUGUCAUAGUUAAUACAGGGGGUAAAUCCAUCAAACGUCUUAAAAAGUUUACUUCUUCAAACCUGAAACCACAUCAGAUGCUUCAUUCAGACAGCAAACUUCAUGAGUGUGUGAAAUGUGAUAAAAUCUUUGCCAACAAAUCAGGUAUUAUUCACCUUAAAUAAGUUCAUCAUUUUGGGAUGUCAACAUCAACAUGUAACUUAACAAGAGCACAAAUACUAAAAAUGUCAUCAGAGAACAGCAGAGACUUCUCUUUGCUGUAACUCCCAACAGUUUGUUCAAGCAGUGUGUUUGAAACUUGCCUUUAUUAAUAAGUCUCUACCUUCUGUAACUAUA